GUACCUAAAUGGGGGAGGGGGGACUCUCUCUCUCUCUCUCUCUCUCUCUCUCGCUGCUGAUGUCAGACUCCAGUCAUGUCGACCCUCCUCAGCACCAUCAGCUCCAUCCUGUUCAUGGCUUUUCCUCACAGCCCUAACUGACGAUGGAUCUGUUCCGCAGAGGAGAGCUGGGGCUGCUGGGAGGAGGAGAGGGGCUGAGGGAUGAUGUGGGUGUGUCCGGGAUCAGCUGGACAGCCAAUAGGCUGCCGGACGACAUGUACCCGGCGUCGGGGUUGGCUCUGGCUGCUGCCUAUCAUGACAUCAAGACGAGGCUGGCGAGUCUGGAGAGAGAGAACAGCAGCAUCAAGAGGAAGCUCAAACACUACGAGGUCAAGUUUCCUAUGAUGAGUGAUUUUGGAGAGGACAGGAUCAUGUGCUGCUCCUGUGAGCCAAUCAUCAAGGACACCAGCAUCAUCCAAUCAGAGACCACCAACCUGCAGCAGAGGAUCAACUCCCUCACUCAGGAGCUCCAGAAAAGUAAAGAGAGAGAGGAGAGGCUGGAGGAAGUCAUUCAGGCUUAUGAGAAAAUCCACCUGGAGAAGAGUAAUGUCCAGAGAGACCUCGACAAGAUGACGACUCUUGCAGAGCAGCACGUGGAGCAGAUCCGCAGUCUUGAAUCGGCUCUCAGACAGAGAGAGACGUCUCUGCAGAAACUCAGCGCUCAGCUGCACAGCAAAGAUUUACACCAGGCUCAGCGGCAAGUCGGCCUGGAUGUACCCAGAGAGGGCCGCGGGCCGACGCUGCAGAGCUCUCGCAGUCUGGAUGCUCUCUCCGACCUGAAGCUGCAGCGCCUGGAGGCGGAGCUUGAGGGGGCGCGGAACCAGGCGGACGGGGCGUGUAAGAGGGAGAAGGAGCUGAGGGCGGAGCUUCAGAGGCUGCAGCAGGAAGUGGCACAGCUACGGGACGCUCAGAGACAGUCCCAGGAGUCCCACUGUGAACACUGUGAUGUGGAGUGGAUAAAGAAAGCUGGAGAUGAACAGGUGAACCUAGCAUUAGCAUACACAGAGCUAACGGAGGAGCUGGGUCGAAUCAGAAAUCUGGCCGUGAAACAGACCGACCUCCUGAGGCACGUCUCACAGGAACCAGUGUCUCGCCCUCCACCUGCUCCUCAGCGUCUCUCGCCCACCUCCCCCCAGCGCCCCUCUCUCUCCCCUCUCUCUCCUGACAGGCUCCUCCCCACGCCGUCUCCUCCUCUGUCUCCAAACGAUGGCCCCGCCUCCUACUCCCAUCAGCCAACCAGCAGCCGGCUACGAGCGAAGUUCCAGGGUCGCCGUAGUUACUCAGAGGUCUCUGACCCGUCAGCCGUCCAGAGGCCCCAGGCUCGUCUGUUGAGGGACCCGGUCUCCACCCUCCCCAAACCCCGCUCCCUCCUCGGGGAGGCGCAGGGUUAUGGUCAAAGCAAACCUCAGCUCCGGGCCUCUCUGGUUGGACUGGUCAGACCGGCCUCGGCCCAUGGAGCUGGGGGCGAUCGAGGAGUUGGAGGGGGAGGAGAGAGAGGAGGGGGCAGCAGUCUGAGCAGCAGUCCGCAUCACUGCGCUGUGGACCUGGGCUUUCCUCUCAACGCUGAGGUUCACCACUUCCGUCACCAUGACAACCCUCCUGAGCCCACCCCCCUGGUGACCCCCCCUCAGUCAUCUGACGAUGAAGAGGACGUCUGUCCGUAUCUGUCGCCGGCCGCCAGCCCGCCCCGGACGCUCGGCGCCAUCGGGAUCGGCCCAUCGUCACCCAGAGAACAGCCUCUGCACCCGUCUUUCCCAUCUCCUAGGAAACAGCCCCACCACCCCUCCUUCUCAGCCCCCGAGGGCCCGGCCACCCUCUCCUGCCAUCUGCCUCCCUUCAUGAACACUGAGCAUGCUCAGUCGUGGCCCUCCAUCAACCUAUGGAUGGAGUCAGAAGAGAGCGCCGUUCGUAGCUGCCCGCUGUGUCAGCUGACUUUCCCGACUGGUUACCCUGACGACGCCCUCAUCAAACACAUCGACUCCCAUCUGGAAAACAGCAAAAUCUGACUGUUUAUCACACCUGUUUCUCACCUGUUUCCUGAGCUGAAUCCAGGAAUAUUUCGAUGAUUUGGACUUUUCCUGGUAGAAUAACCGUCUUCUGGCUACACAGGAUAAAUGCUUUUAUUAAGGGCCACUUCAUCCUCUGUCAGGUUUGAUUUGAAAAUCAGCCCAUUAUGGAGUUUUUCUGCCCUCAAACCCAAGAAGUUCAGAAGUUCAUUUCCAGUUUACAAGGAUGUACGGACAUUUUUCUGACAGAGCUCACAAACAUAUCAACAGAUCAUCAUCUGAUAGUAUUUUUGACCUAAAAACUUUAACUAGUCUUUAAAAUAGUGCUGAAGAAGUAGCACAUGUAGUAAAGACCAUAGUGUUUUCUCUUCUACUGGUUAUGUUGCUGGAGACCGACGAUGACAUCAGAAGGUCACGCUGUUUUCACGUCCCGACACGGAUCGCAUGACUAGGAUGUCCCAGCAAUCAUGUUGGACUUUGAGGGAUAAAAAAAAUAUAUAUUUUCAGAAUAUUUUUGGAGCUGAAAUGAACUGUCAUAGGGUAAGAUGAUUAGCAAAUGCUCUCUGAUUGGUCGGUCAGCGGACCAAUCAGAGAGCCACUAAAGGGUUAAAUUUUAGCAGAAAUUACUGCCAAACUGUACUUUUGUGUUUCCCAUGGCUUGGUGUUUUAAAUAGUCUCCAGAUUAAAGUAAUAUCAUGAGAAAGUGCAUCAUAAAUAAUCAUUAUAUCCAAGUAUGUAAUUAUUACAUAACCCAUAGCUCAUUAUUAUAGCUAAUUAGCUUUAAUUAUGAUGUUUAAUAUCAUUGGAGCUACCAAUUAGCAAUAGUUUCAUAAUAAUGAUCUAAAAUAGCUCAUAUUUAUGACAUAUUCCUUAAUGAUAUAACUUGUAAAAUUUAAAAAUGUAAACAUAAAUGGUGUUUUUAGAUUUUCAUUUCAAGAAUUCAACCUUCUCUGGAUUUUUCUUGUCAGAUUUUCAGCUCCACAGGCUUCCCGUUGUACUAAAAGUACAAUAAAGACGAACUUUAGCUUCCAGCAGCUCUGAUUAAUCUUCCACAACAUCUGAGAGACAUCUGGACCGAAGAGACGAGGACUCAAGGAGCCGUGGACGGAUAUUUACCCACUGCAGGAGAAUUUUUCGACUCUCGGCUGUUAACGUUACAGGGAUGAAAGCCAAACUCGACCACUUCAUGAAGCAAAAAACAAAUUAUUUAAUCUACUGAAGCAAAAAAUAGUCUUCAUUAUUCUGCACAUGGGUCAAACAUGGGAUGGAUUUACAUGUGUGACUCUUGAUCUGAUGGAUUUAUCUCUGACGGCUGUUUGGCGCUCAGCUGGGAUGGACGAAUGUUUCAGAAUCACACUGAAGACGCUGAAAUGACUCCAUACGAGCCUCUGUGUGAAUUCAACUCUUUUUUCAUUGUUACAGACCUUCAAAAAUAUUUUAGGUUAUCAGUAGCUCCAUAUUAACAAGAAAAUAUUGAUGACAGUGGAUCUUUAUGUCCUUUAUUGCAGAAACAACGGUGAAGUAGAGCCACUCGAAAGAUGAAAAUAAAGAGGAUCUGUUCAUUUUCUGAAAUUUAAAAGGUCAUAGCUAUCUUAAACUGGAGCUAACAGUUGGUGUCUCAUAACUUUAUAACU